GCAUCUUUUGGGCUGAGAGGAGACAUUUAGAGAGGAUGUUUCUGAUUUUUUGUUUUCAUUUAUUGUUGUCUUCACAGAAUAUAAUCAAAUGAGGCACCUUAGCCAGCCUGGGUGAUUGCUUCGAGUCUUGUAAUCAUCUGUGUAGCAAAGUGGGUAAAAUCAUUCAAUUCCUUCCCUGCUGGACCUGGAAAGAGAGGGGCUGUGUGUUCAUCCCCACCCAUUAGCUAUGCCCUCUUUUCUCUGAAUGUCGAUUUAAGGAAGCAGGCACCUGUCUCCUGCCACCGCAUCUUCCUAGCAAACUUUAAAGGCCAUUUUAUCUGAUAGGAAGAACAUCAAGGAUGCUCUGAUCUCUAGUGAUGAAGAAUCUGGGAAUGGACACUUUCCCCAUCCAGAUGCAAUGCACUUUAAUUGAAGAAAAACUGAGCUGAACUACAAGUCUAUUUCUUAUGGUGCUGGAUUACUCCUACAGAACUGCCCAGAGAUCAACCGCGAGAGAGGGCUCUGACAGACACUAGUCACCUUCUGAUUGUUGCACUUAGCUCUCCCUGGAGACGUAAAUUUUGGAAGUGUUCCUUUUUACAUGAUCCCCUCCAAGAUGAUGAGUUCUAAUCCCGAGGUAGACCCUUUGGACACAUUUCUCCAAUAUAUCGAGGACAUGGGGAUGAAGGCCUACGAUGGCUUGGUUAUUCAGAAUGCAUCAGACAUUGCUCGAGAGAAUGACCGCUUGAGAAAUGAAACCAACCUGGCCUACUUGAAGGAGAAGAACGAAAAACGCCGAAGACAAGAAGAAGCAAUAAAACGCAUAGGUGGCGAAGUGGGGCGGGGCCACGAAGGCACUUACGCGGGCAAACAUUUCCGCAUGGGAUUCAUGACGAUGCCCGCUCCUCAGGACAGACUUCCCCAUCCCUGCUCCAGCGGCUUUUCCGUGAGGUCCCAGUCCCUGCACUCGGUCGGGGGCACCGAGGACGACAGCAGCUGUGGCUCCCGCAGGCAGCCGCCCCCCAAGCCCAAGCGGGACCCCAGCACCAAGCUGAGCACGUCGUCCGAGACGGUCAACAGCACGGCGCCCGGCAAGAGCGGCAAGGCCGCCGAGCGGCCCGAAGUGUCCGCCAAACCGAGACCCCACAGUGAUGAAUAUUCCAAGAAGAUCCCUCCACCCAAACCCAAACGCAACCCGAACACUCAGCUGAGCACCUCUUUCGAUGAAACAUACAUCAAGAAGCACGGGCCGCGGAGGACGUCGCUCCCGCGCGACCCCUCCCUGUCCCAUGUCAGCAGCCCCGCGGGCGACCCCGAGGAGGAGGAGCCCGUGUACAUCGAGAUGGUGGGCAACAUCCUCAGAGACUUCAGGAAGGAGGACGACGACCAGGGCGAGGCCGUCUACGAGGAGAUGAAAUACCCCAUCUUCGACGACUUGGGCCAAGAUUCCAAAUGUGACCUUGACCAUCACAGUUGCUCUUCGCAGUGUGCUACUCCCACGGUGCCUGACUCGGACUUCGCCAAGUCCUCCGUGCCAUGUACUCCAAAGGGUUUGCUCUGUGACAUCCCCCCGCCCUUCCCCAACCUGCUCUCCCACAGACCCCCGCUGCUGGUGUUCCCCCCCGCGCCCGUGCAGUGCUCCCCCAAUUCCGACGAGUCUCCGCUCACCCCGCUAGAGGUCACCAAGCUGCCCGUGCUGGAAAACGUGUCUUACAUGAAGCAGCAGCCGGGCGCGUCGCCGUCCGCACUGCCCUCCCACGCCUCCGGCCAUCCCAAGCUGGACAAAGAGCAGGCGGCGGCCCUGGGCCCGAGCCCCGCGGCCUCCGCGGCCACCGCGCUGUCCUCGUCCCCGCCCCCGCCGUCCACGCUGUACCGGACGCAGUCCCCGCACGGCUACCCGAAGAGCCACUCGGCCUCGCCGUCGCCGGUCAGCAUGGGGCGGUCCCUGACCCCGCUCAGCCUCAAGCGGCCGCCGCCCUACGACGCGGUGCACCCGGGCAGCCUGUCCAGGGGCUCCCCGGCGGGGCCGCAUCCGAGCGCCAGGCCCGUGUCGCAGGACGGGGCCAAGAUGGUCAACGCUGCGGUGAACACCUACGGCCCCGCGCCGGGCGCCUCCCGCUCCAGGACCCCCACGAGCCCCUUGGAAGAACUGACCAGCCUCUUCACCUCCGGGCGGAGCCUGCUGCGCAAGUCGUCGUCGAGCGGCCGCAGGUCUAAGGACCCCGCAGAGAAAUCGACAGAGGAACUGAAAGUCCGAAGUCACAGCACGGAGCCAUUACCAAAGUUGGAGAGCAAAGAGAGAGGGCAUCACGGGGCAUCUUCCAGAGAGCCUAUCAAAGCUCAGGAAUGGGAUGGAACACCAGGACCGCCUGUAGUCACCAGCAGACUGGGAAGAUGCUCCGUAAGCCCCACCUUGUUAGCAGGAAACCAUAGCUCAGAAGCGAAAGUAAGCUGCAAAUUAGGCCGGUCUGCGUCCACAUCAGGUGUGCCCCCUCCAUCAGUGACGCCUCUCAGGCAAGCCAGUGACCCGCAACAGAGCCAGGUGGCAUGCAUGCAGUGGUUUCAUGGAGACCAUACAAUGCUUGAGAUGAUUGAGAAAAAGCGUUGCUUGUGCAAGGAAAUAAAAGCUAGACAGAAAACGGAAAAAGGCCUUUGCAAACAGGAUAGCAUGCCUAUCCUACCCAGCUGGAAGAAGAAUGCAGGGGCAAAGAAGUACAGCCCUCCACCCUACUCUAAGCAGCAAACGGUGUUCUGGGACACCGCCAUAUGACUGUGCGCAGGAUGGCGUGAGGUCCACACGGAGAGGGAGGUCGACUCAGUCUUGAGAUAAAGAACUGUUACGUGUCUUCUCUGUCGGGAUGGAAUGCCAGUGCUUCCCCGGAAAACCCAUGGGAAGCUGUGCCUACUCACAGGCAACUUCAACAUAAAAUGUAUAUUAAUUGUAUCCUUGCAAUUAAGACACUUAUUUAUCCCGGAUUAUUUUGAAUCCAAAAGAUAUUAAGAUGUAAAUAUUUUACUAGUUUAUGGGUGACACCUGAAAUAAUACACAUUAUACGGAUAUAAAUUACAGAAAUAUCGAGAGUUUUACUAUAUGAUAUAAUUUCGGUAUUAACUGGUUUGUUAUCUCUUUUAUAUGUAAUCCCUUGAUGCCUUUUAUUAUUAAUUUUUGCAUUUAAGACGUUAUUAUUUUUUUUCUGUCCACAUUUGGCUUCUGUAUGAGAGCUCACAGCUAUAAAAAUCAUGUUCAAUCACAUAAUAUAAGAUCUGGUGCUAGUAAUGUAGAAAUCGAGUAUCAUAUUCGUCAAGAACAUCUGUUGCUUUGUAAGUUUCUAAGGAUUUGACAGGAAAUGAAUGCAAAUGUGAUGCUUAAUUUGGACGUCCACAUUACAUCAAUACCAAUAUUUUUGCUACAUUGGCUUUAUAAGAAUUUCUCUUCAAUAUUGUCUUGUUUAUACUAAGCAGUCAUUAGACUCCAGAGAAAGUUAUUAGGAUAUAUUUGGAUUUCCCAGCAGAAAACAUUUCCUUCAGAAAUGACUUUAGGGACAUGUGUCCUUGCAUCAUUGAUCUGAUUGGAGGAGACCAGGGUUCACUGUGACAAUGGAAGGAAUAAGGAAUCAAUAGCUAAACAGCAUGACUGCUUUCAAGAAAGCAGGACCAGGGGCCUCACAGCCACUGCAAUCACUAUUUUUAAGUAACUUUUCAAGUGUAUGUUUGUUUCCCCUAGAAAAUGAGAAAUAAACAUUCAGACGGACGCAUUUACAUAUUUUAGCACGUUAAAUGCCAAUCUGUCUCAAAAUUAAGGCCCAUUAACAAACUAGUGUUUCUUAAGUUUUUUCAAACGAGUUCUCACCACAUUUUGGGGUCGCAAUCUUCUGUGCAUGACCAUCACACCCGUUCUUACUGCUUAGGACACCAUGACCAAAGAGUUUUGACCCCUUGUUUCUUUUAUUUUGUUUCCAGGAAGAGGCGGGAAAUGCAGGGGAGAGGGGGUGGAAGGGGUGGAUUCAAUUUUAUGUGGUGGUAAAAUUUAAGUUAAACAAAUCAUAUAUAUCUUUUAAGAGUAACUUGUUAGUUGAAUAUAAAUAUUGCCACGGAUGAAUAAAAAGGAAACUAUCGCGUAUAUUUUGUAAUAUUUAAAUUACUAUUUAUGCUUCCUAAAAUUGACAGUAUGUGAUUCUUCUUUAACAAUCAAUUUAGUAUUAUAUUUCUGAGAGAAAAAGGUACGUGUUAGAAGUUAUUGUCAUAGUGGUUUUCCUCGUAAGGGUGUUGACAGCAAGAGUCACUGCUGCUCAAUAAAACCAAAUAACAGGAGUUAGGGAAUUUUUGUAAUCUAUAUUGCUAACAACCUAGUGAUGCUUUACCAGUAAUCGUUCCUUUCAAGCCUUUGAAAUGCUAUAAAAUAAUUUUUUAAUAUUUUAUAAGUAAUGGAUAUUUUGAUGUCCAACUAGAAUUCUGAAAGAAUAAGGAAAAAGGGUAAGUGGGAGCAUGUGUAUCUGUUGUUUUUGCGUGAAUGAGUUCUCAGCAGGAGAACUGUAUACGUACAGUGCUUACUGAGGUUUUAGGUUUUGCUUGUAUCACUGAAGUGGUAAAAAAACAAACAAACAAAAAAGCAGGAUCACAAGUACAGGAAAUCAUGGAGAGAUCUUAAGUGGCUUCAAUAAAUCCUACUGCCGUGUUUCACCAGUUAGAGAUUAUAUUUCAAACCCAACAAUCAAUGGAGUACCAAUCGAAGAGGGAUGGAAAUGUGUUAAGAUAAAAUCAGCAUA